AUGUCAUCACCUCGAUCCUUCCUCACACUCUUCAUAUCCCUCAUUUACCUGAUAGCAACAUGUCACGCAGCACCUGCCUUCCAUCCACCAACAAGAGCAAACGGCUUCGAUAAUCGACCUCAACGUACAUUGCUUGAACCAACUCAAUCGCAACAGCCGACAGGAAAUUUGACAAAUGCAGAGAAGUUGGCUAGAGGAUUGCCGUUGAAUAAGCCUGAGAGGCUGUACAAACCUAGUUUUCCGAGGGCUUUACAACCUAGGCAGUCCAAGCGGUAG